AUGGCAUAUCAUCUCAGAGCUGGGCGAUUGGCUUCUGGUAUCCUGUUUGCUGCAGCUAAUCCUCUCAAUGCCAAGUUCGACAUUCCGCCUUCGAGAGUGAAGGUCAGAAACGCAUCACCGUACAACCCCACCCAGCUUGCGGACAGCGCCGGGCAAGAUGUCGAGAUCGCAGGGCAUACUCGUGAUGAAGUCGGCGUUUACUCCCUAUUUUCAGUCUUUGACGAUGCAACGAGUGCUCUUCCGAGGACGCACUCUCCAGCCAAUCCUACUACAUUUUGCCUACCAAUCCUGAGCAUUUCUGUCGACGUCACCAUUGAUGGAAUGGUCGCACUCACAAAGCUCACACAAAGCUUUUACAAUCCAUCCGAAUUUGUGAUUACAGAAGCCCGACACACCUUUCCACUCUAUGACGGUGCUGCUGUGACAUCGUUCGAUUGCAGCAUUGGGAACGAGCGACGAUUACAAGGUGUGGUGAAAGCAAAGGCGCAAGCAAGGCGUGACUUCGAAGAACAUAGUUACAAGAAAAGAGAGGCGGCCGCACUACUGGAAGAACUUACUCCAGAGAUUUCUGAAACAUCUUUGGGCAAUAUUCCCGGCAAAACGACUGUUCAAAUCAGCUUGACCUACGUACAAGAGCUCCAGGUCGUAACAAGUCAAACGGAAAAAGCCGAAGGUCUUGCUAUCACUAUUCCCACUUCCAUUGCUCCUCGUUACGGCGCGCCCUCACGGGCAACGGCCCUACCAGAACUAUCAAGCGACAAGCUGAACAUCAACAUCAAAGUCCUCGAUAAUGGAACUAUUGACCCAAAGAAAUGCCACGUAGAAUCGCUCCACCCUGCCACCUACCAAGGCACUCAGCCUGUCCGAGAUACCGUCGUCACAAAUGCCGCCGACCUUUCCAGCCUGGAUCUCACGAGUGAGAGCACGGAUCAAGUCGAGCACUUGUGGCAAUAUUCAGAGUCUCAGCCUCCUCUAAGGUGUGAUUUCAUCAUGGUUAUACAUAUGCAUGAAGAAAGUCGUCUUCGAUCCCGCGCAUUCAUCACCCCUAUCGACAAUUUCGGCCAUGCCGCACUCAUGGUGAACCUUCGCCCGAAUGACAUUUUCGGCAGCGCUAUCCUCCCGCAUGAAUUCAAAGGAGAGGUCCUAUUCGUUCUUGACCGCUCCGGAUCCAUGGGCUGGACAGGAUCAGGCAGCAAUACGCUCAAGAUCGAUGCGAUGAAGGAUGCCAUGUCGCUAGCGCUCUCUGGACUACCACUCGCCUGCAAAUUCAAUAUCAUCUCCUUUGGCAGUGAGGUGCGUGGCCUGUGGCUUGAAUCGCAUUCAGUUAGUGAUACCGAGAGCAUGACGGAUGCCAGAACAUAUGUGUCAACUAUCGAGUCCAAUAUGGGCGGCACUGAUAUCUUAUUGGCUUUGACGGCAGCUCUUAAGAAGCGUGAUAGCAACUCGACUAGUUCGACGCAAAUAAUCCUGAUCACUGACGGAGAAGUGGAGCAUGAACCGCACAAUCCUAUUUUCAAAUUUGUCUUGGAUAAGAGAAAGGAGCUUGUGGAUAAGGUUCGGUUCUUCACUCUUGGUCUAGGCGACCGGGUUUCGCAUCGCGUUGUGGAAAGUAUCGCAGAGCUGGGGGGCGGUUACUGUGACGUGAUCGAUCCGGCUAAGAAGCCUCGUUGGGAAGACCGCCUGAAUCGUAUGCUGCUGUCAGUUAUGGAACCAGACAGCUGGUCCUGCGAUGUGGAUCUUGGUGCUGGAUAUGAAAGACAAAGUCUGGCUGCACAUCAAUUCUGGGGCAAUGAUCAAUCCGAUAAACAAAUGGCUGUCUUUGCACAGGGCCCUCAUCCAGUUCCCACACUUCACCCAUACAGAUAUAAAUCACUGUUCUUCCUUUUACAAGUUGGGAUCUCCAAUAUGCCGAAAACAGUGACGAUCACCACAACAGCAGCCUCUGCAAAGAGAAAAGUCUAUGCCCUGAAUGUAGAGCCGACGUAUCUAAAACACGACACCAUCCACCCAAUGGCAGUCAAGAGUAUCUUGCAGAGCCUCGAAAACGAAUGCAAGCGAGGGGUCGUCGAUGAAGAGCAGGCAAAGACCAAUGCGGAGUUUCUGGGGACAAGAUAUGCUGUCACUAGCAAGUGGACGAGUUUCGUCGCCGUGGCAGAUGAAGACAAGGAACUUCCACAUGAAGUCGACAUUUACAAAGCUGCCUUUAGGGAAGCAAACAUUGAAACUCCUCGAUUCGAAAUGUCUCAAGUUCAUCGGAGAGUUAAUAGGUUGGUUCUAAAGUCAGCAUCAUCAGCAAACUACGAACCGUAUCACCGACUUGGGGCAUUUUCUGGUCUGAAAUUUUCUCGAUACUCCCCUACUACACACAAAUCUUACGAAUCGAGACAUAGAGAUUCGGAACGAGAGAGUCGCAAAAAUGAGAGAAGGGGCUCGGAUGGAAGACUCGAUUCAAGGAGAGAAGCCGAUACAAAAACGCCAGAUCCAAGUCCAGCAGAGGCAAAAAAACAAAAAAAAGAUCUAGCAAGACCAGAACAUGCUGACGAUUUGGUCGAAAUUGGGCUAGAACCAAAAGGUCAUGACGACCAGUCUCCCAUUUCGUUUAUGCAUCUACAGAGACCAAUGCUUUUGUCUGGCGAAGAUGGGCGUCCCCCCCCUUCAAUGUCUUCCAGGCUUUCAAUGCCUCCCGCGCCACCCGUGGUUUUGAGACAGCAAGCACCCUAUGAGAUUCAAUCUCAGGGAUUCGAUCAUGAGCGUCGAAUUCCGCAGCGGCUCCAGCAAGGCGACAGUUUCCCUGAGGAUAUUAAUUUUGUUGUUGGUGAAACGAGCAUGAGUCGCAUGGCGUGUUGCAGCGACGAUAACGAGUCGGACGAACCCUGCAAAGAUAGUUGUCCGGAUACUGCAUAUGAAACUCACCCAUUCACUCAAUUACCCGUGGGUGCCAUCACGUGGAAGCAUGCUGCAAGAUUCGAAGAACAAGGGCUGUUUGUCCUGCCGGGUGGGGUUCAGGCAAGCCUUCACAAGCACUUUUGCCCCAAGACUGUAGGGAAGAUGCACGAAAGUCUGCGAGAUCUGCCGCCUACGAAAUCAGUCAAAUCAGAGGAGCACCCAGUUUUGAUCGAUACAUUGUUGAUGAUUCAGUACUUCAAGACGCACCUCGCUGACCAGGAAGACUACUGGAACCUUGUCAUUGGCAAAGCCGAGCGUACAGUAUUACUUGCCCUCGGCCUCGACGAGAAUCAAGAGGAGCCUCUGGAGCCUCUCUAUGAUAUGCUCUCAUCUGCAAUUUCUCAUGCGCACUUCUUGGAGGCCGUCAAGGAUUCAUCUGUUUCCAAGAUACUCACAGAAACGCCUUCGGCAUCUCCAACGCCUGGUACCUGCUUGGUAUGCGACAUGCCAAUUGACAAGAAUGAUGAGGAAACGGGUGCCGCAUCUAGAGACUUUGUCUGUCUCGCUGAUGAGUGUUAUGACACCAGCUCGCAUUCUCGAGUGCGUUACCCCAACUGGACAGAGUUUUGGGCACAUCAGAUUCAAAGCGGCCAUCUGAUAUGUCCAGACGUGAGUGAUGUACAAGGCGAAAUCGUGCCGACAGAAUAA